AUGGCGGACUCCAGCAAACCUGUUUUGAAUUCCGCCUGCCCAACCGUCUCGGCGGAUGAAAAGCCGCCAACCUACACGCCACAGCAACUCUACGAUAAACCGCGCCGAGUCAACGCGGAGGACCUGGAGCUCUACACCCGCGGCGGCUAUGCCCCAAUCGACCUCGGCCUGACCUUCGAGGCCCGGGGGCACAAGUACACCGUCCUCCACAAGCUUGGCUACGGCCCGUCUGCCACCGUCUGGCUCGUGAGACGCAGCAAUGGACCCAGCGGCGCCUGCUCGUUCCACGCGCUGAAGGUUCUCCGUGCCGACCUGAGCACGCCGGAGAGGAAUCUGGAGUUUAAGACGAUGCAGCGCCUGGAACAGGUGGGCUGGAACUGCCGCGCCCACCCGAACUUGGUCCAGAUCCAGGAGGUCAUCAACAUGAUGACCCCGAACGGCUUGCACCGUUGCUACCUCGAGCCUCUCCUCGGCCCUAGUCUGUUUCACCCAUCGAUUGCCGAGCCGACUAGGAGGCAGCGCCACUUCAGCAGGCAACUAGUCUACGCCGUCAACUACCUGCACGCGUUCGAGGUGUGCCAUAGUAAUCUUUCGCCUGAGCAUGUGCUCGUGAAAUUCCCCCAGCCAUACAGCGGGUCCGAGGAGAAUGCCCUGCUCGAUUGUCUCGGUCCCGUGGUGAGCGAGGAGAUCGUCUCCCGCGGCAUCAUGCCGGCGGCACACCAUCCCCGGGCGGUGGUCGAGCCUGCAAGCUUUUCCGGUUUCGACUACAGCAGUGUGACUGACGUUGCCCUGGUCGGCUUCGGCAACGCGUUCGCUGCCAUCUUCCCACCGCCGGUGCUCCGGUGCCCGAUCCGCAUCUUCCCCGUCGAGGUCCUAUUCGGCCACGAACCCUCUCCCAAGAGCGACAUUUGGGAGCUCGCAUGCCUCCUGAUGAUGCUUCACACCGAGCCGGACCAUCAUCUGCACCAGGGCUGCUACGUGCGCCUUGUCUACGACUGGGUGACGUACCUGGGCCCUAUGCCCAGUCACUGGCGGGGCAGAUACAGAUGGGACCGGUACAAUACGCUCACCCCGCCGGGCCAGAUGCAGCACCAGGACCUGCUGGGUUGGUUCGACGUCGAUGGGGCAUCGCGCCCCUUGGGCCGCGUGAUCGCCGCCAGCGCGUCCCAUCUGACCCCGAUUGAGCGAGAGGCGCUCGCGGCCUUGCUCCGCGAGAUGUUCGCCUGGGAGCCCGAAAAGCGGCCGACCUCUGGGAUGGUGCUGUCGCGGCUGCUCCAACUCAAGUGGUAG